UAGCAUCUACUCAUCAUUGUCAAAGCUAUCAUAAGAGACGAUGGUGGGAUGUAGGUGCGUCGAAAAUCGUCAAACACCACGACUGUCCGUCAGCGAGCCGCUCAGCCAUAGCCGGUGUGCAGGCAGAUCUCCCCUCUGCGCUCUGCAGACAUGGCGCGAACCAUCAAGCUGUCGAACAGGCAGUCCAAGCGCGCGAGCCUCCCAGUAUCGCCGCAAGAUGACAAUAACGGAACACUUACAUCUGCGAGUGCCGAUGCCAAUGUCGAUCCCGGUGCCGCCACAGUCGCAGAAGACUCCGAAGAUGGCGCAGCGACGGAGGAUGGCGCGAGCAAGUCUCGCGGCGGGCGGCUGCGUGUCACAGUGUUGAAGAAGCGCGUAGCGAGCACGGCGUCGACGCCGACGGCCUCGGAAGCGGAAGAAGCAACAGCAUCCAAUGCGAGCGGCCGGGCCCACAAGCGUCCGCGCAUCAGCAUCCGCAACCCACCCUCAUCUUUGUCAUCAGCAUCAUGCAACACUGUGAACAAAGACGAUCCCGACGAGCACGAGAAGGCUGCGGCUGCUCCAGCGGAAGAAGACGCAAAAGACGUGACGAUUGAAGACUCUCAUGCAUCCGCUUCAGCCUCCAUGCGACCGCGGCGCAAGGCAGCGCACUCGUCGCUCUCCGCACUUGCCGCCGCGCAGCGCGAUUGGGAGGCGGGUCUGCUCGAUGACUCGGACUUCGCAUUCGACUCGGAUACGCUCGGCGACAUCGCCGGGCGGUCCAAGCGCCGCGGCUCCAGGCCGUCCCGCGGUGCGUCCCAGUCGCAGACGCAAGUGCAUUCUGCAUCCCGAUCGCAAUCGCGCUCACAGCAGCCGAGCGAUUCGGCUCGACGUAGUGCUGCACGGAGAGCGGCGGCGGCGAUGGCAUCCGCCGAGCAGGACCCGGACGUGUCCAACGCCGAGGACGACGCGGAAGGUGCCGCGCUCACGUCGGCGCGCGGCUCGCGCAAACGGCCUGCUCGGGUAGUAUCCAACCGCCGCGACGGGCACUAUGAUGCUAUAGGGGCAUACGCUGCUGGCUCAGGCGACGAUGACGAAGAGCAGGCGGUGAAUAAUGCAGAGGCGGAAGACGGCGAUGAAGAGGGGGGCCCAGAAGGCGACGGCGACGGCGAGGAAGAAGGACACGAAGGGGCAGGUAUGGAAGAAGAAGAAGACGAGGAGGAAGAGGAGGAGGAGGAGGAGGACCAGAACAGCGAGGACAUGGCGCCACACUCUCCUCGCCGGCGAGGGCGACCGCCAGCACUCGUCCGGGGUGUAGGGCGUGGUCGUGGACGCGGCCGAGGACGCGGGCGUGGUCGAGGGCGCGGACGCGGUCGAGGACGAGGACGCGGAGGUGGGCUGUCCGCGGCAGCCUCGCGUGACCGCCCGGCGUACAAGCGCCCGCGAAAGUCGGCGGCGGGGCGUGAUAGCCAGGCAGAAGACGAUGACGGUGGCUCCAAUGGCGACGGCGGUGGUGCGGAAUCGGAAGGGCAGGAUCCGUCCGGCAAGGAGACAUACGUCAUCCGUGGCGAAACGUAUGAGUUCAAGGACGAACAGCUCGUGUUGCCAAGCGAUCCGGAUGGGGAUAAGAAGAUCGACUCCAAGGGCCGGCUGCAGGGAGGAAGAGAGUUCAAAUGUCCGACGUUCAACCUGCCUGGCCGCGAGGAUCCGGAGCGCGUGUACGCGCUGACGAUCGACGUCGCUCGCGGUGCGGGCUACCGUGACUCGCUCUACUUUUUGCGCAAAAAUCCCAACAUCAUCAAGCUAGAGCUCGAGCCAUCGGAGAAGGACAUGCUCAUUGAGGCCGGCAGGAUCGCGCACCACCUUAAGACGAGGGCUGUGACAUGUGUGGUCAUACUCAACGUCUUCAAGACGCACGGUGCGAAGAUCAUCAAAAACGGACGCUAUGUGACGGACGACUACUACGAAGCGCAGGCGCGCGCAGACGGCAAGAAGGAAGGCGAGCCGGUCGACACCAAGACUCACGACGACGCCGUCGCUGAGCGCAAGGAGCGCGACCGCGACCGCGAACGGCACCGCAAACGCGCUGACGCCAACACGCAUUACACGACGCAUCCCAUCACGGGCGAGAGCGUCGUCACGACGUUCGGCGACGCGGGCCACAGCCCGUUCGUGCGCGCCGAGCGACACGUCGUGCGCAUGCAGCACCUCGCGCGCGACGAGGUGAGCGAGGAGAACUGGAUGCUGCGCAUGGCGGAAAGCGUGCGAGGGAUGAACUCAGAGCUGCGUGAGACGCGGCGCGACCGCCUCGUCGUCUUUCGCAUGCCUCGAGAGGGUGUCGAGAGCUCUUCGUCUGACACAGACGACUCGGAGGAUUCAGAUGAUGACGACGCUGAGGAGGACGAGGACGAUCUAGAAGAUCAGGAUGAUGAUGAGGAUGACAUGUUGGACGCCGACGCAUCCCCGAAUACCAAGCGGAAGCGCAGGCUCGGCCUCGCGGACGGGAAUGUGGACCUGGAUCCACUGUCAAGCGGGUCCAAGAAAGUCCAGCGCCUCACCAAGGACGAGCGCAAGCGUCUGCGCAUGCCACCCGUCGGCUUGUACGAGCCGUACACGCAUUUACCGCACUUCAGCUCCAACACACAGCCCACCUGGGCCGCAAUGCAUCAACUUCAUGUGCGCCCGCAGAUCAAUGACACGCCAGAUCUCUCCGCACGACCGAUUCUGGGCGGUGCGCGAGUCGGGUCGCAAGCGUGGGGUCUAUGGGCGCUCGAGACGGGGAUGCUGCCCGCCGACCCGUUGCCCGACGAAAUCAUCGUUGCAGGGGGAGAUGAAGCGGCAUUUGCGCUGGAUGAUGACUGACGCGCUAAAAUGGCAGUCUGUAGCCCUACUUGCUCUACAUCUACAUGCAUGUAUGCGCCUACUUCCAAUUCCACAGCCGCUCGCCCAGGUCGAAGCCAUGUGAUGUGGACAGCGCCCUGACGUAUGCGU